AUGGCGAAGGAAAUGGAAGGUGGAAAGAAGAGGAACAAUGUUGAGCUAUUUUUCUUAGCCACUCUCAUACUCUGCCUUGCCUCCGUUCCUUUCCAGAUACUUCUCACACACCGCACCCAACUUCUCUACAUCAUCGCCGGUUCCUUCUUCUACCAAACAUCUAACUCUAUCAUCCGUUUCUUCUCCUCCGCCAAAUCUCCACCCACUGACCCUCUCUUUGUUAACACCUCCGUUUCUCUUCUUCAUUCCAUCGUUACCUCCACUUCAGUGGUCUUCACCUUGUUCACGCAAUGGUUAAACAAUGGGUUGAAAGGAAUGUUUGACCAUUCACAGUUAGUAGAAGGUACUUGGCCAUGGGCAUUUGAAGCACUGUCUUUUUCCUGUGGUUACUUUGCAUAUGAUCAAUGGGAUAUGCUUCAUUACCGCUUAUAUAAUGGUUGGAUCCCUUCUAUCCUUGUGCAUCAUCUGGUUCUCCUUAUUUGCUUCACUCUUGCUUUGUAUCGUAAUGUCACUAUCAACUACCUUAUUCUCACUCUUAUCUGCGAGCUGCAUUCCAUCUUUCUGCAUGUGAGAAAGGUGAGGCGAAUGGCGGGUAUUCGGGAUUCAAGGAACGUCAUUAUUAAGUUAGAAUGGUUUCUGAAUUGGACUACGUUCUUUGUGGCAAGGUGCGUGUCCCACAUUCUCAUCACAGUGAAACUCAUCAAAGAUGCUCACAAAUUUGAGAAGGGCGUGGAGUUACCACUGGCUCUGUUUGGCAUGGCAGGGAUGAAUUUUCUGAAUAUUGGUCUUGGCAUUGAUCUCUUUAAAGCUUUUAAGCGAGAGAGGAAGUCUCAGCAAGCUAAUCAACAUCAACAUCGUGAAUGA